UAUUCCAAUAAUAUUAUAUUAUUACUUAUUAUGCGGUCGUUGAGUUUUAUUAGUUUUAUUACAUAUCAAUAUUAAAUUUUGUUAUGUACUUAUGUCAUAAUAAUAUAAUAUAUUAAUAUAUCAUUUUGUAAUAUCGUAAUUUUCGUAAUUCUUCAAUCAGAUCAAUAAUUCAAUGGUUCCUCAUUUCCGUCAUUCUGAAUUUCCAAAUUAGAAUUUGAAAAAAACUGAAUUUCGGAAUAUUCAAAACGCUAUACGAAUAGUAUUACAAUGAUGUUGAAUACUAUAUUUUAAUGUAAGGUAUAUUACUUAUGUGGUGAAAUUUAUACCUAUUGUUUUAUAUCGAAAUUGAAGAACUGAAUGUGAAAAGAAAAUGUGUGGCCGAACUGCUUGUAACUUGAAAUGUGAAACUUAUUGCAAAGCAACGAGUUAUAAAGAUCGUAAAGACACAUUAUAUCGUCAACCAGAAUGGCAUAAUGAAAUGAAUGAUAAUUUUGAAUUUAAACAAUCCAACAACACAGCACCUACUGAUGUAACUCCUAUUCUCGUUUCUGGCGAAGAAUUUGUAGGCUACCCUUCUAGGAUAUUGACACCCAUGGUAUGGGGUAUGAUACCUCCCUGGCAUAAGGGAAAUUUUAACAAUCAUGGAUUAAGUACAAAUAAUUGUCGAAUAGAAAAUAUAACCACUUCAAAACUGUACAGUGAACCAUUGACUAAAGGAAGAAGAUGUAUUAUAGUUUGUGAAGGUUUCUAUGAAUGGAAAACAACAGAAGGACCUGGAAAGAAAAAGCCAUAUUUUAUAUACAUGCCCCAAAAAAAUGGAGUUUCAGUUUAUGAUACAAAUGCUUGGGAAUCAGCUCAAUGGUCAGAGCAAUAUGGUUGGUGUGGACCAUCUUUACUCCAAUUAGCAGGUAUUUACAAUAAAUGGAAAUCGUCUGAUGGAGAAGAUGUUUAUAGCUAUUCAAUUAUCACAAUGGAAUCGAGUAAGACGUUCUCUCAACUUCAUCACAGAAUUCCUGCAGUUUUAGAAAAUGAACAACUUAUAGAGGAUUGGUUAGAUACUAGAAGGGUGUCUGCAAGUCAAGCUAUCUCUAUGCUUCGUCCUACUGAUAAUUUGACCUGGUAUGAAGUGUCAAGCAUAGUCAACAACUCGCGUAAUAAAAGCGUAGAUUGCAAUAAACCAAUAUCAAAAAUAGUUAACAAAAGCAGCACUUUUAUGACAUCUUGGUUAUCAGGAAAGAAUAAAAAUAGUGAUAAUAAUGAUGAAGAUCAAAUGAGGAAAAAACCUAAAAAAUAAUUAUUCAAUAUCAUAAAAUUUUAAUUGAUGUAUACAACAUAAUAUGUUAUUUAUAAGAAUAAUAUUUUUACAAUAAAAGAUUUAAUAUUUGAUUCAUUUUUUAAAGAAUUGCAAAUGAGCACAACGCAACAGUUAUUUAAUAUUUUUAAUAAUAACUACCCAAAUUAAAACUAUUGAUCAAGUAAUUGUUUAUAUGCUAAAUAAUCACUGUUUAGUUAAUAUUUUAGUUUUCACCAUACAACCAAGAAUCACUGGAUCUUGACCAUGAUACCACUUCUUUCUCCGAAAACCACAAAGCAAUUUCUUUGUUGGCUGAUUCUACAGCAUCCGAACCGUGAAUUAUGUUGCUAAUAAUUUUAAAAAUUUAAAAAUUAUAAUCAAAAAAAAAUGUUUAUUGAUUUAGGAAAUAUUUACCGGCCAACUUGGAUGCAUAAAUCACCUCUAAUUGUACCAGGAUUUGAGUUUUUUGGGUCUGUUGCACCAAGGAUGAAACGUCCAGUCUUAACAACAUCCAAUCCUUCCCAAACCUAUAAUACGAUGAAAUAAUUUUUUUUAUUAUUUUUAAUCAAGUGAAAAACAUUGUGUCUAAUUACCAUUGGUACUACAGGUCCAGAAGACAUAUACUUGACAAGGCCAGGAAAAAAUGGCCUGCUUGAUAAAUCAGCAUAGUGUUUUGAUAACAAUUCUUCUGAUGCCUGGAAUAAAUAAUAAG